AGAGCCGGAAGCGCCCCCUCCCGUCCGGCCCCGCCGCUCGGUGCCCCUGCCGCUGGGGUCCGCCAUGUCGCCGGUGCGGGCGGUGCUGGCGCUGCUGGCCGCCCUUGUCGCCCCGGCCGCCGCCUACUUCGUCAGCAUCGACGCGCACGCUGAGGAGUGCUUCCUGGAGCGCGUGCCGUCCGGGACGAAGAUGGGGCUCAUCUUCGAGGUGGCGGAGGGGGGAUUCCUGGACAUCGACGUGGAGAUUACAGGGCCUGAUAAUAAAGGCAUUUAUAAAGGCGAUCGAGAGUCCAGUGGAAAAUACACGUUUGCUGCCCACAUGGAUGGAACUUACAAGUUUUGCUUUAGCAACAGAAUGUCCACCAUGACUCCCAAGAUAGUGAUGUUUACUAUUGACAUUGGAGAAGCUCCAAAGGGGCAAGACAUGGAGACAGAAGGUGGUGGAGAUACCUGGGAUGCUCAUCAGAACAAGCUAGAAGAGAUGAUUAAUGAGUUAGCAGUGGCCAUGACAGCUGUAAAGCAUGAACAGGAGUACAUGGAAGUUCGUGAAAGAAUACAUAGAGCAAUUAAUGACAACACAAACAGCAGAGUGGUUCUUUGGUCAUUCUUUGAAGCCCUUGUACUUGUUGCCAUGACACUGGGACAAAUCUACUAUCUGAAGAGGUUUUUUGAAGUCCGAAGGGUGGUUUAAGAGCACUUUCCUGGUCCCGGCUUUCAGCUCACUGUCUACCAAACAUCCUGGUCACAAAAAAAAGUCAUGUAGUUUCUGAACCCUCUUUACUGAACUGUAAAACUUAUUUGCUUAUGUUCUUUCCUAGUUAAAAAUGAAUUGUUUUUAUAUCUCUUCUGUAGCAAAAGCUGUGCUGAAAUCUUGUCACUUAAUUGGUACAUUUUUUUUCCACUGAAAUCUGCCUAGUCUGUACAUUAAGCGAGGUCCAGGCGAGCUGCAAACGCUCUAAUUCAGCUGUAGUAACAGGCACUGUUGCCUUUUCUAACUUCCCCCCCUCCCCCCCGUUUUCAUAAAUCCUUGCGGUUCUAUCUAGGGAAACGGUACAAGGCCCUAAGGUGAUUGUUUGCAUUUUUGACAUCUUUAACCCUGCAGUAGGUGUUAGGAAAUUGAAAUAAUCCCUUCUUCACACAAACUGCAACGGAAAAUCGGUUGGAACUAUAUUCUGCUCUUGAGUAGGAGGCAGCUGGCCACGUCUAGUCUAGCGUUCAUACCUAGUUGCUAUUUUAAAGUACGUCUUCAGUAACUAUCCCAGUUACAGCAACUUAUUCCCAAAAUUCUUUUUAAGCAUUCAAUCUGAAAAUACGUUUUCUCCUCUCAUUGCUGAGUGUUUAUCAUGUGGUUUUAAGUCUUUCACAGAUUUAUAACAAAGCUGACUGCGUGCAGUGUCUUGGCAAACAAAAAAUAGUUAACCCUUUGGGUUUGCAGGUCCAAAGCUCAGACUGUUGGCACUACUGUGGAAUGCAUUAGUGUUCAGGAAAACUGGAUUCCUGAUGCCAAAGGGUUAAUCGUCCUGGGGGUUUAUUGCAGUGCUAUGCAGUCCUUGUGUUUAAGUUCAGUGGCAAUCCCUGCCAUUAUCUGGUUAUAAUUAGCACAAUGCUAAAUACCGGCAUGUUUUCUUUUUUCAGGCACAUGUAGAUUUGUUUUUGUAUAAAG